AUGUCCGAAAACGCACUGGCGAUGAAGGAAGCCUACUUCAAAGAGCAAGAACUUUUGGAUAUCCUUGACGAUGAGCAUGACAUCCCGGACGCCAGCGUGGGUAGACUCGAACGCGCAUUGAAAGAUUCGAAAGCGAUGCGGCCCCCGGCGCUUAGAAAGCAGACAAGCAGUUUCCUUGGAGCAACACCGAAAGAAAGGCAAGCGGAGUUCGAGACGCAUUCGAGAAAACAACGCGCAAUCGAGCGACAAACGACCCAGCAAAUGACGCGUUCGUCUACAGCGCCUGAACAAGGACUUACAAAGAUGGUACCAGUCACCAAGCCGCGAACUAGGUCAUCAGCUGUCGUUGGCGCGAAGAGUACUCUGAACAGAGUGUUAUAUUCACCUGAGACAGCGGGCAAGGAUACCACUCCGUUUUAUAUACAAAUGGGUGACAUUCCGCGAGAAUGUAGAGGAACAAGGCCUAAGCCAGCCACUAACAUCGGACUGAAACCAGAGAGCCAACAGUAUUUCAAGGGCAAGAUCAUGUAUUUCUAUCCGAGUCACGAUAUUACCCAACCGCGGCGCUCUCGCAUACACAAAGUAAUCGAAUUUGGUGCUGCUUGGGCCAAGGAAUGGAAAGAGAAUAUUACGCAUGUUAUAAUAGACGACGGCUACGACGUACGCACGUAUGAUCAACUACUGCGGGAUCCGAACAUACCUGGCAUUCCCGAGAACGUUGCGGUCGUCAAGUUCCAGCCUUAUAUAACGGAAAGUAUAGAAUGGAAAGGACUCCGAGAUCCAAAUCAGCCCCGCUUCGCGAUCAAAGGUGCUCCCAGCAGGAAGGAACGCAGUGAGCUGGUAGUUUCAUCCCAAACCUCAGCCGCAUCGCAGAGCUCACUAGCAAUCAAACCGUCAAAACGACAGACUGCUGCGAAGGAGUCACAAAAGACAGACUCAUAUCCAACCGAAGAAAGCGUCCCCGCUACGCCGCCUGUAGCAGAUAUAGCUACGCAUAUCUCGUUCGAUGAGACUGUCGAGGACAGCUUCGUCAUGCCGUCUUCGAGUCCAACGAAAGUUUUGCAGCCUAAGAAUGUCGACAAAUUCAACGACGCUCUUUCUCAAGCGAUACUGGAAACCAAAGCUAUCGCACACCUACCGCUUGAGGAAGACGAGGAUGCAGGAUCUCCGGUAGCAAGUGGUGUGGAAGAUGUAGAUGAUUCAGGUACCGAUGAGGAGCCCAUGGUCGCAGCGCCUAAGCUACCGAAGUACCCAAACAUUGUCUCAAAAGCGUCUGCUCUACGCGACAAGAAGCCAUUCUACCAGAACGCGUUCCAGUGUAUGGACCCAGGUGCGAACGGCUAUACGUCCCAGAACCCGAACGCCCGGACUAUCGAGAUCCUGGAUCAGAUGUGCAAGCAUUACGAUCAGAUGCAGGACCAAUGGCGCGUGCUCAGCUACCGCAAAUGUAUCACUACCCUGAAGAAGCAAACGGUCAAGAUCACUACUGCGAAACAAGCUGCAGCCCUACCUUAUAUUGGCGGACGGCUCGCCAAGAAGAUCGAAGAGAUCGUACUCACCGAUCGUCUCCGCAGGCUUGAAAGUACGCGAGAUGACCCUCUUGACGUAGUACUCCGUUUGUUUCUCGGUGUCUACGGCGCUGGACUUGUUCAGGCCCACAAAUGGAUCAAGGCCGGCUACCGUACGCUAGAAGAUCUUCGAACCAAAGCGAAUCUCACCGAGAGCAACAAGGUCGGUGUGGAACACUACGAUGAUUUCAACUCCCGUAUACCGCGUGCUGAGGUUGAAGCCCAUGGCGCAGUUGUCAUUAGAGAGCUGAAGAAGAUCGACCCCAAGUUCAAAGCCACCAUCAUGGGCAGCUAUCGUCGCGGCGCAAAAGAUUCUGGCGAUAUUGACAUGAUACUUACGAGGCCCGAUAAUUCGCUUGCGGCUAUGCGAACGAUCAUCUUCGACCGCCUCGUCCCUCAUCUAUACAAGAUCGGGUUCCUGAAAGCUUCUCUAGCGACCUCCCGAUCCAACGAUCCUACAGGCUCGAAGUGGCACGGCGCCUCUUGUCUCCCUACCUCGAAGGUUUGGCGCCGGAUGGACUUUCUUCUUGUCCCCGAGGAGGAGAUGGGUGCAGCGCUCAUAUACUUCACUGGAAACGAUAUCUUUAAUCGCAGUAUUCGACUGCUGGCUCGCAAGAAGAAUAUGAGGUUGAACCAGAAGGGGUUGUAUAAGGAUGUGCAUAGGGGAAAGCGGGGUGAGAAGCUGAACGAGGGUGUUUUGGUAGAGGGUAGGAGCGAGAAGAAGAUCUUUGAGAUCCUCGGGGUCCCUUGGAGAGAACCGCAUGAGCGGAUCUGUUAG